AUGCUGACGAUGCGUACGCCACGGAGGCGACCGACGUGGAGGGGGAGGCGAGGGAAGGCCCUGGGGUUGGCGAAGAGCGAGUGCUGCAGCGUCUGGUGGAGAGGUGAGGCGUCGCCAGGGGUGAGAAUGCCAGGAGUGAGGGUGUCAGGAAUGAGGCAGGAGGGGAUUUUUCCUGUCACUAUUACUUUCCACAUUCUCUCCCCCGUUCCCCACUUCUCGCUGGAAAGCACUCCCCUGACCGCCUCCCCGCGCCACGUGUCCAGGGCAGUGCGCAGCGCGGGGGUGCGCCUCUCGCUGGAAAGCACUCCCCUGACCGCCUCCCCGCGCCACGUGUCCAGAGCAGUGCGCAGCGCGGGGGUGCGCCUCUCCGCCCGCCGUGUGGCGUUGGCAGCGCGGCUGCUCGCCAGCAGAGGCAGCUGGCGCAGGGCGCUGCUGCUCGUGCACUGGGCCGCUCGCCGCGACCAAUCACGCGUUGACAGGAAGGUGCUGACGUCGCUCAUCGCUGCACUGGGCUGGCGCUACCCCGAUGCAGUGCUGCAAGCCAUGCGACUCAUGAUGUCGCAACCCUCCACGUGGCCUGACCUCCCAGCCUACAGAGCAGCAGCAGUGGCGCUAGGAAGGGCGGGGUAUUUACAGGAGCUGCUGCAGGUGGGCGGAGAGAGGAUGGGCAUGGGGAAUGUUGAUUCCAGAGCAGAGCAGCUGAUGCAGGAUCUCAGGGAGGGCCCCACCCGCACCAACCGCACUGCACCACUUGAAACAGAUGGCAGAGGCGCUGGCACUGGCGCUGGCGCUGGUGCUGCCAGUGAGGCUAGCAGCACAAGCAGCAGCGGCUCCAAGUCGGGUGCAGCAGGGAGCAGCUGGCUGGCGCCAGACGUGGUGGUGUACAACGCUGUGAGUGCUGCUGCCCCUCGUGAACCCCAUCCACCGCCCCUGUUCGGGUGCAGGGGGCAGCAGCUGGCUGGGUCCAGAUGUGGUGGUGUGGUGUACAACGCUGUCCUGAAUGCGUGUGGAGCGAAGAGGCAGUGGAAGGGCGUGCAGUGGGUGCUGCAGCAGAUGCGCUGCGCAGUCCUGAAUGCGUGUGGCGCCAAGCGGCAGUGGAAGGGCGUGCAGUGGGUGCUGCAGCAGAUGCGCGGCGAGGGGGUCGCUCCUGAUGCAGCCACGUUUGGGCUGGCCAUCCAAGCCCUGUCGCUGUGCAAUCAGACGCACCUGGCACUGCAGCUGCUCGCUGAUAUGGAGGCUGCUGGCUUCCCUCCCACCGUCCAAACCUACCGAGACCUGGUGCGAGUGCUGGCGGCCGCAGGGAGGGUGGAGGAGGCAGAAGCGGCAGUGAGGGAGAUGCAGGAGCGAGGGAUGGAGGGCAACGCAGGGGUGUUCCACGCCCUCGCCUGUGCUCUCUGCUCCGCUGGGCGGUGGCAGGAUGCUGUUGCUCUGGUGGAAAAGAUUUCUCGGGCCGAGGAUGCGCAGCCGGCAGUGGUGACGUGGACAGGCCUGAUUCGUGCAUGCGAGCGAAGCAACCGAUUGGCCGACGCGGCCCAGGUGUUUCUCAAGAUGCAGAAGCAGGGGUGCACACCCAACAUCACCACGUGCAACAUCAUGAUCACCGUUUUUGCCCGCACGGGCAGGUUUGCUGCUGUGGAGGAAAUUUACGCAGCUGCCCGGUCGGGUGGCAAGCCGAUAAUCACGGGCAGGAAGAGGUGGAUGAGCAAAGGGGAGAGGCAGGAGGCUAGGAUGCAGCGGUUGGUGGCUAAUAACAGGAGCAGGAGGAGGCUGAUACGAGCAGGGAAAUUGGAGAGAGGAGGAAAGGUGGGCGAGGGAGCAUAUGCGGUUGGGGUUGGGGAAGCAGGGGAAGAGGAAAGAGAGGGGAGAACACGAGAGGAGGAAGAAGAGGAAGAGGAUGUGGAGGAGGAGGGCGAAGUGGAGGCCGUUGGGGAGGUGAUGACAAGCGUUGGGGAGAUCAGCAAGUGUGGGGAGAAUGAGGAGCAAAACAGGGAGGAGAGCGGGAAAGAGGAGAGGGACGAGGGCAACGAGGUUGAGAAGGUGUGGUUCGGGAGGAGGCGGGAGGAUCCUCCACUGGUGCCCAAUGGCCACACGUUCGUAGCCAUGCUGGGAGCGUGUGUGCGGUGCCGGCAGUGGCAGGCCGUGAGGCAGGUGGCAAGAGACAUGCAGCGGGCGGGGUGGCCCCUGCAGGUGCGGCAGCACGGGUGGGUGGUGGACGCGCUUCUCAAGGGCAAACAGGCAGUCAUUGCUGACGAGCUGCUGCUUGCCAUGCGCGGGGGGUCGCAGUCACAUGUGGACCCACACCUCGAUAGGGUGACAGCUGAGGGGGCUUCUGGGCUUGCUAACAACCAGCAGGACCCCGGUUGUGCAAUGAGUGAGGAUUCAGGAGGUGUGGGCAGGGAGGGGAGUCAACGCAUGGUUGAGAGUGAGGGUGGGGAUGAGAGUCCUUCUGGGGCAGAGUCCCAUGCGCCACUGGAUGGCUUUGCGUGGCGCUAUGCAGUGGCAUCGGUGAGCGGCGGUCUGACGGGGGCAGGGGUGGAGGAGACUGUGGGAGUGAUGGACGCCUGGGGGAGGGCUGUGGAGGGGAGAGGUUUGGAGGGGAUGGGUUUGGAAGGCGGGAUGGUAAACGGGGAGGUGGUAAGUGGAGGAGGCAGAUCUGGGAUUGCCGCAGGUGCUGAUUCAGCAUUUGUGGAGUCAGGGUUUGCUGAGUCAUCAGGCGUUGAAUCAGCCAGGUUACAGGGAGAGCCAACAGAGAGGGAUUCUGUUGGUGCUGCUGCUGCUGUUGCAAGUGGUGUUGCUAAUGCUGCUGGUGCUACUGGUGACGCUGGUGCUGCUGGCAGUGCUGCAUCUCCUGCUUCCCUUGAAGCCUACCCUGCAUCCUCUCCUGCGGUGGACCCUGGUGUGCUGGCCGACCUUGUAAGGGGGCUGCUUAUAGGGGGGAAGACGGAGGAGGUUCGAGUGGCGUUGCGAUUGGUCGACCGGAUGGAGAAGGAAGGGUGGGUGGCAGACGCCGGCAUAUACACCAGCCUGCUGCACCGGACCAUGGUGGCCUCUGCCGCCAUGGACCAACAUAUUGCAGCCGUGCACGCCCCUGUGAGUGCUGCUGGCACUUUGCAGGCCACUGCCGCCAUGGACCAACACGUGGCAGCCGUGCACGCUCCUGCGCCCUGCUCCCUGUGUGGAGAGCCCAUGGAGCGGCGGCUACUGCCAGAGCACGAGUCGUCAGCAUGCCCCCUGCGCUCCCUGAUAUGCCCCUACUGUGACCUCCCUGUCACCGCCAUGGACCUCCAAUCUCACGCUGACGUGUGUGGCAGCCGUACAGACCCGUGUGACAUCUGCAGCAAGUACGUGCGAAAGAGAGAGCAAGCAGCCCACCAGCAGCAGCACCUCUUGCAACCAUCACUCCAUGCUGCCACUCCCAGAACCAGCAGAGAUGCUGCCGGCACUGGUUCAUCUCACCGCACUCGAGAGGCUCGCAAUGUUCCGAAUGGUGGUGGUGCUAGUGGUGAUAGUGGUGGUGGUGGUGGUGGUGGGGGGUCUGGGGGGAUCGGAAGGGUGCUCGAAAAGCUGCAGUCGUUUGGUGUGGCUGGCGUCCUCUCUUAUGGCCUCUUCAAUACAGUCUACUACAUUUUCGCCUUCCUCUUCGUAUUUCUCUACGCGGCCCCAUCCCCACGAGGCUUGGGCUUCGCAGCAGCAGCAAGGAACUUUCUCAAGGUCUUUGCGGUGGUGUGGGCGGGCAGUCAGGUCACCAAGCUUGUGCGCGCAGGCGGUGUUCAGUUCACUCACUGGCGCCUCACUCCAUCCCUCAACCCCACCCCUUCCCACAGGGCACUGAUGCUAGCGCCCUUCAUGGAAAGAGGUAUAGCGGCUCUCUCCUCCCCCACGGGCCUGUUCAAGUCCCGAGGCCAGGCUGUGGCAGCCAUUGUCACAUUCUGCUUUGGUCUCGCUGGGGUGCUCUUUCUUGCAGUCACUGCACUCUGGGCUUGA